AUGCCCAAACCCAAAAAGAGCUCGGGCAAGCCGCCGGCGAAGCCCACCGCUCCCAAUACCUCUUCAACGUCGCCCAUUCCUUCCCCGUUCAAGCCAGCGCCCGCGGAGCUGUCGACCUUCCUCGACACCCUAACCUCCAAAUCGCACCUCUAUAUCAUCCACCUCGACACGCACCCUCCCGCUUUCAAACGGCGCAUCUUCACCGUCCCGCUCCUCCUCAACAUCUUCAUUCUCAUAAUCCUCGUCUUCCGUCUCCAGCGAGCCCUCCCCACCUAUUUCUACCUCCUCCUCUCCGUUCUCGGCUAUGACAGUCCCGCCAACAUCGAUAAAGACAAUACGGAUCAAUGGACACUACUUGGAAUAAGCGGGGAGAGGACGUUGAUGUUUGCAGGGGAUUUUUUACUGUUUAGGUUCGUGGGGAUGUGGCCGUGGGACUUCUUCUUGGGGAAGGGUGGGGAGGCCAGCCCGGUGGGUUGGAGGAGGUGGUGCCGGUUUAGGGAUGUGGAGGUUGUGGUUCGGAGGAGUAGGAGGUGGGAUGUUCCGCUCUUUGCUACGGAGAGAAGUGGGGAGGAGGAGGAUAUGAGAGGGGAGGUGGAGAAGAGGGACGGGGUUAAAGAGGAGUGGCUACAGGAAGGGCGACAGGGGAAAUUGUUUAGAGAAAGGGUGUUGCCGGCUGUGGACAAGGGCUGGGUGAAAAGCAAGACCAGCUACCAAAUGCUGGAUCAGAACUGGGAUCUGUAUUUCUCCGGCAUGAUCGAAGCGCAAGCGCUCGUUGACGUAGGCAAGAACGAGAUCGACGACUUCCGAACAAGCGUGCUGGUCCACAGCGAGAAAUCGGGCUGGCUGAUCUGGGAAGUGUGGCGCGAGCAGGAAGAAGGCGCAGGAGACGAAGGCACGAGGAAGCUGCAGUUGAUCAAGAAUCAUUUGACGGCUAUGGGGAAGGAGAAUUUGUUCUUUCGGUGGAUUGAGAUUGUGCAGAGUGAGACGAGUCAGACGGGGCCAUUUACGGGGGAGCGGCAGAAGAAGGCGGUGCAGAAGAAUUAG